AUGACUCCUUCUGCUAAAAAGGUUAUCGAUACACUCAAGCCUCCCCCGGAAUAUGCUCCAGAGAAGAACACACAAUGGACCGAGAAAAUCGAUAAAGCAGUAUGGAGAGGAACAGGUUGGUUCAAUACAGUCGGUAAUAAAGACUUGCGACCAGGUCUAAUUCAAAAGGGAAAAGAGAAGGAAUGGGCAGAUAUAGAAGCUCUCAAAUGGAACACAAACAGCGAAAGUGCUGAAAAUGCUAUUGGAAUCGAAGACUUUUGUAGGUACAAAUAUAUCGUUUAUACAGAGGGUAUAACCUACUCCGGGCGCCUGCUCUUCCAUCAAGCGUGUGCUUCCAUUAUCCUCACUCCACCACCAACAUAUCUACUUCACAAUACACAUUUCAUGCGUCCAAUAUUUUCAAGCUCAUUUUUUUCGGCGCGUGAAGAAUCCCCGGAAACCGGCUAUGAUUGGGCAACUCGUUGGCCUAAAACAUACGGACAAAGUGAAGCGAACAUCAUAUUCGUUGAACCCGACUGGUCAGAUCUCGAGGAAACAAUCAUGUAUCUACGAAAGAAUCCUGAGAUAGCUACUGGUAUUGCCAAAAGACAAAGAGAUCUAUUCACCAAGUACUUGUCUCCUGCUUCCGAAGCUUGUUAUUGGAGAGCUCUGAUACGAGGAUGGAGCAAAGUUGCUGAACCUGAUUAUGAAGAUGAUGGUUGGGCGGGGUGGGAUGCUGAGGGACCGGAAAAUGGUGAAGGUAUGAGAUGGGAAACUUUUAGUUUACUGGGGAAAGUAGCGAAGAAUUGA